AUAAGGGCUAAAGUUCCACAUUAUUCGCCAUCUGCCGCUCUGAGUAACAGCUGUUUUGGUUGGUUUUUUUAAAACAAAACAGAAAUUAACUAGUUUACUCUGAUAUAAAGAGGAUUAUUAAACAAAUUAAGGUUUGUGUUUGCUUGUUUUUUUCUAUUUUACUAAAAAUAUUACUCGUUAGAUUAUCGGCUACGGUAAUAGUUAAUCCCAGUCGAUGACUUUGAUUUUUUAAGGUAAUUUUAUGACGCACAUUACGUAUGAUCUGUUUUUAUCAUAAAUACUAUUCAAAAUUAUAUAAUAGAAUAAUGAAUACUUUAUAAAAUGUUAACACAUGAUCUUGAAGAUCUAUAAACAUGUUUAAAAUGAAAAAAGAAGAAAAAGGGGAAAAUUACUAAACGAAUGUCAAUAUUUAUAUUUAUUUUAUUCAAACGAAUAUUUAAUUGCGUGAAGUGAAAAUAUUAUUAUUCAAAAAUAGUUUUCCACCAUCUUUUUAUUUAGAUGACAACCCCUUCAGCUCCUAUACCUGACAAUCCACCACCUUAUAGCCCUCCCCAAUAUCCAUCACCGCCCUUACAAGGAAACGCGCCGGUAUAUUCACCAUACAACCAAGCUUACCCUCAUCAUAAUUACAACCUACACGGAAAUCUACAAAGACCACAGGAACCAACAACUGUAUACAUAGUCAGAGAUGAAGAGGCCGCUAGAAAAGCAGCUGAUGAGCAAGCAGCAGCCGAUUGUUUACUAUUUAGCUGGUGUUGGGCAGCCUUAUGUUGUUGCUUGGCAAUGGACGCUUGAAACAAAAGAAAAAAAUAUGAAUACGAAGAAUAAGAGAUAUAAAAAAGAUAUAUAAAUAUAUUUACUUUUCUUAAAUUUUACUUAUACGAAGACAUUGAACAUUUCUUAUUGUUUUCUUAGUCAUCCAAGUAUUACCUGCAAUCAGUUAAUAGUUAUGUAAGGUAUUGAUUGUUACAAGCAAUGGGAAUGAUAUCCAUUUAUGACAAAUGUCUAUUUUGUAAGCUAUGUUUUCUUUUUAAAAGAAAUAAUUAAUAAAUUAAUAUUUUUAAAUUAA